AACGAGUUGGAUCUGAAUGACGCGACGCAAAAGAGGAAGCUAAAAAUCACAUCCAGCAAUGUCGUCCAAGAUACGAGAGCUSUGUAAAGAUUUCUGCGGCUACAGCACUCUACAUGGUCUGCAUUUCUUGUUCGAUUCGCCAUGGACUAUUCGUCGAGCCAUCUGGUUCUUAUUGCUGUUGGCUGCAAGCUGUAUAUUCGGCUAUCAAGCUCAUGAGGCUUACAUGAAGUGGAAGAAACACGAAGUUUAUAUCAUGACAAAGUUUGAAACGAAUAAGGAAUUGAAGUUCCCUGCUGUUACUUUAUGCAAUAGAAAUAUGUUAAAAAAGAGCAAAAUACWAGGGAAAGACGGACAGCUYUGGCURGAUGGACAAAACUUUAAGCUCCAGAAAGACUGGUCAGAAAUCCACCGCAAAAUAAACGCUUCGUUCGAUAUCGAGAAAGAAGUUCUUACCAAUGGUCAUCGUGCAACAGAUGUCAUCAAGGAAAUGAGAUUUGCCGCAAUGUGCCCCAAUCCUGCUUACAAUAUCAUAACAACCAAGAGCUUUUUUGAUGUCCAAUCAGGGUUGUGCCACACCAUUAACGUUAACAACAUGGUCCGUAAGCUGGGAAAGAGUUAUGGAUUGGUCCUGAUGUUAGACUCUGAGUCGCAUGAAUAYUAUGGGCCAUACAGCUGGGGUGGUGCUGGGUUCAAACUCAUGGUCCAUGACCCAGACAUUUAUCCAUUAAUGGAGUACUACGCUAUUGAUAUUCCUACUGGAUUUCAAACCAAUCUCAGAAUUCGAAAAAAGAAGAAAAUACAUUUGCCAAAUCCUUAUCCAGCAAAAUGCGGCACAAAGAAGCUUAAAAAUUCAAGURUCUACUCUGAAACCAGAUGCAUGAUGGAGGAAUAUGCUGAUGAAGCAGGAAAGAAAUGUGGAUGUCGUUUACUUGGAUCACCUGUCAUCAGUAAGGGUUGAUAC